UCUUUGGAGCGGAAGUAGGUUUUUUUUUUCUGCCAAUUGAAUUUUUUGUUUUGGUCCUCCUAGCUGAGCGUAGUACGGUGCUUGAAUUUUUCUGAUGUUUUAACUGGCAGAUAAAAUGAAGAAGUUUUUUGAUGACAUUAAAAAAGACAUGAAGUUUAAAUCUGCGGGACCUGGAAAGAAGUUAACCGAAGAUACCAGUAGCAGACCGGAGGUGGUUCAGAGCAGCUCCAGUGCUAAACAGAACCGCCAUCACGCUCCCAGUGAAGGGGCCCAGAGGGCAGGCGCCGCGGCCCUAGCCCGGAUCGAACAGAAGCAGCGGCCAAAGGUGCACACCUCCCAGGACGCGAUCAGAAACCAGGUUAAAAGGGAACUGGAGGCUGAGGCGGCCGCAGUGGCUGAAAAAGCAAAAGCAGCAUCAGCCGAGGGAUCCGGAGUUCCAGUGAAAGAUUUUGCCUGCCUCUCCGUGUCGGGUGUUUAUUUCACCUGUCCUCUCACUGGAGCCACGCUAACGAAAAGUCAGAGGGAGGUGCACCUUAAGGAGGCCAUUUUCAUGCGCUUUGAGGAGGAUGCAGUGGAGGCUUCUGUUAUGAUGAUCCACACGUUUAACAAAGACAGAGACAAAGUGAAGACUGCUGUGGACAUUAUUAGCAAGUAUGUUGAGAACAUCUGUAAAAACCCCACAGAGGAGAAAUACAGGAAGAUUAAAGUCAGUAACAAGGUGUUUCAGGAGAAAGUGCUUCCUGUUGAAGGCAGUCGAGAGUUUCUGCAGGCUUUGGGUUUCAUUAGUGUUAUGCUUCCUGUGGAGGGCCAAGAGGAGGACGAGGAGUUCCUGGUGUUACCAGAGCAGAGCCCCGAUGCCCUGGAGCUGAUGAAGGAGAGAAGAGAUCGUCUUCAGAAAGGACAACCGGUCAGAGCUCAGCUGGACCGGCAGCCUCAGGCGUUCAGACCAUCUCCUAACGCUCAGAAAUUCGAGCUGCCGUCGGAGUUCUACAAUCUGACAGCAGAGGAGCUGAAGAGGGAGCAACAGCUCAGGAGCGAGCUGGUAGAGAAGAACAGCAUGCUUCGCACCAAAGCCAUGAGGGAAAAGGAGGAACAGAGAGAGAGGAGAAAAUACAACUACACCCUGCUCAGGGUCAGACUGCCCGAUGGGAACCUGCUACAAGGCACCUUUUAUGCCUGGGACCGGGUGCAUGCGCUCUUUGAGUUUGUGCGCGAGUCCCUGGUGGACGGCUGGCAGCCCUUCGAGCUCGUCGCCCCCGGAGGUCAGAAACUACAAGAGUCAGAGGAGGUUUCUCUCGUUGAGUGUAACUUGGUCCCUGCCGCCCUGCUCACGUUCAACUGGGAUGCAGUUGUCCAGGCUGACAUAGCAGCUGCAGGCGGGAAAAGCCCCACCCUCCUCAAACCAGAGCUGCUGGAAACCAUCCAAAUGCUGAGCUGAACUGAGCAUGCUCACCCCUUUUUCUGGAGUAAACUUAACUCCUUCACUAGUGAUGUUUUUAUUUUUACAUUCCAACCCUGAUGGCUGUUUAGUCUCCAUGUUGGAAUGCUGUUUGUGGUCUCAGCAGCACGUGUUGAAGGAAUUAUUAGUAACAUGUUGAUGGUAAACCAAAGGCCAAGUGCGGUUUCAGAUCUGAUGUUCAGGUGUGCAUUUCUAGUGAUUACGGCAUGUGGAGACCUCCUGUCUGUCCCCAUCUCCCCAUGUGAGCUCAUAGUGUUGUAAACACGUUUUUUGGAAGUGUUGAUCAGUUUCUUUUGUCAGUGUUCAAGGCGAGUUGGGUGACCGUCUGUGACGCAGACCCGCCUCCAUUACUGUAAACACACGCACGCUGCUGCCUGCUUAAUCUCGGCCCCGCGCUUGUUCAGCAGACCCAGUUGUCUAUUUAAAGACCGACUGAUAACUCAAAAACACGGUUUCCAUGGCUAACGUUACUGAAUCCUAGGAAUGUGACGGCAGUUCCGAUAACUAGACUUGCUUGUGUUUUAUUAAUCCAAAGCACUUUGAAGGAUCUAGAUGUAUGUAUGAGAUAAAAGAAUGAAAUUAAGCCACAAGCUACUAACGUCUAGCAUAAAGAUAGUUUAGCAUUUGUUUGGGUCAAACAUUUUCUCAACAUAAAAAGGUUUUACUUCUAAAACACAACUCCGUUAAAAUGUGCUCCGCUCUAAAUCUGCAUCUGGUUAAGCUGUCCCUCGAACAGAUGAGAUCAUUUAUUAAGUGGUGCAUUAAAAUGCAGGAUUGUUCUAUCACCUGAGAUUUUGUGUUUGAAGGUUAAACCUUUACCUUCAGGUUAGUCUAUUCUAAACUAAUUCUGGUCGGUUAGGAUGGUAACUACCUCUCAUUAUUCACCAACAGACCUGAGACCGAUUGUUAGUGAUUUUCAUGGUUUUAUGUAACGAUCCAGACGGACAUAAAGGAAACUGGAGUGUUUGUCUCACAAUCUGUCAUUGAUAAGCAAAUUCAGUUGUGAUUUCACUUGUUUUCAUCCUACAUCAGCGUCUUGCGUGAGUCUGAAUCUCCAAUAAAGCUUAGUAUUUUUGUAAAGUUAGUGAGCAGCUGUGAGUUAAUGUCCAGCUUUGAGUUGUACUCUGUUGCUUCUGAACCUGCUUGUGAUAAAAAAAAAUACUCCCCACUGAGGAUUUUCUUCAAUAAACAGAAACAUGAGGCCA